AUGGCCCACUCUCCCACCUCUCCCCCUGCGGCACCCGGGGUGAAUAAGAAGAAGAAGCCCUUUAUUCCGUACGAGGUCUUUCUUGGUGUCGUUGACCAACUCAUUGCCCAGGCAGAGGAGCCUCACGAUAUCAAAGUCUGGUCUCUCGGAUAUGAGCACAGCGUCGCAAGCAAGCUCGUCGUCCACGACACCGAUACAGCCGACUUCAAGUACCAGUCCAUCACUCGCCAGCGCUAUCAAAGACUCCGUCUUGUCUCGCAGAUCAACCAAAAGUCCCGAAGAAUGGUGGAAAAGAGAUUCCCGCGGCUGCCCAUGAUGGUAGCUAGCCCCUGUAAGCGCAGGCGUGAGCUCAGCCCUGUCAGCGCAUAUGUGCGCCAUAUCGACGAGUACAUUCCGUUCUUCACGUCCCUUCAGCUUGGACGCGAAGCAGAGCAAUUCAUCUACAACCAGACUAUUCUUCUGCCCACUCCUGCUGGUUACGCCCUUCUCACCAGCGUCGAGCGCCUAUACCUCCCCAGAAUCGACUACCUCGUCACUCGGAAUGCGGCGUGCAUUUCGACUCUUGUCAGAUUCCCAAACCUCAAGGCAAUCGUCGUCCAUGUUGGUUCGUGGACCAGAAAGCUUCGUGAGGGUAUUACCAAAGGCCUCCACAGCAUCGAUCCAGCCAAGUUACCAGAUCUCGCACUUUGGCACAUGACCAAGUCAGCCGUAUUUCGAAGUAUCUGGGCCGACCAUCUCCACCGCAGACGCAUUCGAUUGUAUGGUCUCAUUGAUCCUGGUCUUGGACCUAUCAUCGAGCUGUUCCCAAGACGCAAAAGAAUCAGAUAUCGUUUCUGUCGCCCCGAUACAAAUGAAGCUAUCAAAGCCCUUAUUGAGGACACCCGCGUCAUGAUACUUUGA